AUGAAGAGAAAAUAUGAAGAAGAUUUGCCACAAGAACAACAUGAUGAAGAAGUUUCCGUGUUGGCAACCCAAGAGGAGGAAGGAGUAAUUUCAUUACAAACACAAUCAUUGGAAUCGACGUCGGAAGAGUUUCCAAUUGUUGCCACUCAAGAGUUUGAGCAAAGUGCUCAACAACAAUCUUUGAAUACUCAGGAUAGUUCGAGCCAAGUAGGAGAUGUUAUUAGUGGAUUACAAACACAAUCGGAAGUCGUUGAGAAGACUAGUAAGAAGUGGAAGUUUGAAAAUAAUUCAACAAGCAAGGAUUCUAGCUUUGGAAAUUAUAAGAAUUAUUAUUCAUACAGGUACAAUGAUGUGAAUGCUGCCAAACCAAAGGAAGAUAGGCACUUGAUUGAUCCAAGAUUGGAAAUAAUUUCAAAUUGUUUAACGAAUUACUUCAAAAAUUCCACGGAGUCACCAAUUAACCUCAAUUGUUUAGAUAUUGGAUGUAAUCAAGGGUUAUUUUCAAUGCAAAUGGCUGACUUUUAUGAAUCCCAACUUGGUGUAAAGGCUGAGAAAGAAAUUUCCUUGAAAAAUAUGAAUGCAAUCGAUAUUGAUUCAGUACUAAUUAGAAAAGCAAAGGAUCAUUUAAUUAAUUUGAAGAGAUUCAAUGCUACAGAGAAGGAUCAAGAUGAGGACGACAAACUUGGCAUGAGUGUUCAUACUUAUGUGGCUUUACAUCGAGCAGAGACUCCAGAGGAAAAGGAAGAGAAAAUUUUCAUCUGGAGAAAUAAUAGAAAAUUAUUGAAAGAACAUUUGGACAAUUCUGUGAAUAUUUGCCACAAAUCCUACAUGAAUACUCUAAUCGAUAAGGUACAUUUCAAGGUGCAGAAUUUCGUAGAAGAAAUUGUAGAAACAAAGAUUUCUGACUUAACAAUUGAAAAGAUGCAGGAAAUUAUUUCAAAAUCAACAAACAAGACUCAGGCCACAUUUAAUAUCAUUUCUUGCUUGAGUGUAACAAAAUGGGUUCACCUUAAUUAUGGAGAUAAUUCUGUAAAAUUCCUAUUCCACAAAAUUCACAAGCUACUCAAGCCUGGAGGAAUAUUCAUUUUAGAACCUCAACACUGGAAAAGCUACACAAAAAAGAGAGAACUCAACUCUAAAAUUCAGGAAAACUUUAAACACAUCAAAUUCAGACCAACAAGCUUUCACGAUUAUUUGUUGAAGGAAGUUGGCUUUACUUCUAGUGAAACCUUUUUCAUUGAUGAAAAUUCCACUGAGACACCAACAGGAAACAAGGAAAAUGAAAAAAAGAAGAAGAAGGGAUUUAAGAAACGUCCAAUAGUUUUUUACUAUCGUUGA